CAGAUUUCUGUAGUCCCAGCGCGGGAGACUGCCAGCAAUGGGAGAAGUUCAAUGGGCAGAAACAAAGAGAAGAGCAAGGAAGUCGAGAAUUUCAGACAUUGAGAAGGGAUAAGUGGAAGGAGAAAAUGUUGGGCUGGUGUCAAGCGAUAGCUCGUAACCCUCACAGACUCCCAAACAUCACAAGAACACCCGAGGUCUCAGGUGAUGCUUCACAUACCUCUACCUUGAAUGACAAAUCCCCAGGGCGCUCUACAAGUCGAUCAAGUAACAUUUCAAAGGCAAGCAGUCCUACAACAGGAACAGCUCCUAGGAGUCAGUCACGGUUGUCUGUAUGCCCUUCUACUCAGGACAUCUGUAGAUCUACCACCUUGCAUGAUGUGUCAGAAGAUGAGUUUGAACAUGCAACACCUGUCAUGGUGCUGACCUCUGCUGGUAGGGAGCCUGGUAAGAAACAAGUGAAACGAAGGUGUAGGCGGAGGAAAGAGACUGGUGACAAUGUUGAGAAUACAGAAAAGCAAAGAAAAGAGGACUGCAGAUUGUACCCGAUGGUUGCAAGCUCCAGAUGCAAUGCAUUGCACAAGGAAACAUCUGAUUCAUCAUCCUCAGAUGAGAAUCAGUGGGCUCAGGCUAGAAAGAGAGCCAGAGAAAAGGUUAAAAUGCCCAGGAGAGGGAGAAGGAGCAAUAGAUCUUGCAGUAACACAGAUGGAUCUCCAAAUAACAAUGCCAUUGAACUUGUCACUCUGGGGACAAAAGGGGAAAAGAAAAAAGAGGUGUCUGAUUCUGAUAACCACACUUUAAAUCACCGGAGGAGAAGGGUUUCAAGAUGUAAAGAAUCUUGCCUUUCGCUGUCUUCAGUGUCCUCUCUGGAGAUGAAGAAUUACUCAAGAAAAUGUGGAAAAAACAGGGGCAGAAGCUACCCCCGAGAGCUGAACUCUUCACCUCAUCUUAGACAAAAUAAAGUGGUUGGGGAAGGCUUUACAGAGAGAGGCUCUGGCAGUGAUACUCUGACAGUUCCAGAAAAUGGAGAACCUGUUGGGGCAGCGCCCAAUGUGACUGAUGCAGUUCAGAAAUUUCCUGUUUUAUAUGAUGACUGGUCUGAUGAUUUUGAAGUAUGCAGGAUCUGUCACUGUGAGGGAGAUGAUGAAAGCCCCCUCAUCACACCAUGUCGCUGUACGGGGACCCUACGCUUUGUUCAUCAGGCCUGCCUGCACCAGUGGAUUAAAAGCUCAGAUACACGCUGUUGUGAACUCUGCAAGUAUGACUUUAUAAUGGAGACCAAGCUCAAACCUCUCCGGAAGUGGGAGAAACUACAGAUGACAACAAGUGAAAGGAGGAAGAUAGUCUGUUCAGUUACAUUCCAUAUUAUUGCUAUUACCUGCGUUGUUUGGUCAUUAUAUGUUUUAAUAGAUCGGACUGCUGAGGAAAUUAAGCAAGGCAAUGACAAUGGUGUCCUUGAAUGGCCAUUUUGGACAAAACUGGUUGUGGUAGCAAUUGGGUUCACUGGAGGCCUAGUCUUCAUGUACGUACAAUGUAAAGUCUACAUUCAGUUGUGGCGCAGAUUGAAGGCUUACAAUCGAGUGAUCUUUGUUCAAAACUGUCCAGACACUGCCAAAAAACUGGAGAAGAACUCUUCAUGCAUUCAGAACUCUGAAACCAAGGAUGCUGUGGUAGUACCAGUAUCACAGACAGGUACAAACUCACAGCAAUCAGCUGAAGAAAUGACCUCUGAGGUCAUGCCAGUUUGACAGAGGUGGCAUUAUUUCUUCAUUGAAAGUGUGCGUGUUUUUUUUCACCACGGCCACUACAGAAAGUAGAAACAAUCAUGCAUUUUAAAUAAAAGAACAAAAAACCCUGACCAGGGAAAUGGAUACAGUGAAGCAACAUGCAUUACUUAUGGAAUGUGACCAUUUGUGAAAUAGUUUCUCAGUCAGCCAGGUGUAGUGGAAGUGUAGAAAGCACAACAGAUAACAAUUCUAACAGAUAGUGUCAAACAGACAUGACAAAAUGACCUUUUGAAACUGGAUGACCAGGAGGAAUUGGAAACAGACCUGCUAUAACUGUUCUGUUACAGAAAACAUCAACAACUUUCCAUCUAUUUGUUACCACUAGGCAUCCUAUUUGCUAAUCAUCAUCAUCAUCUUAAAAAUAUACUUCAAGCUGACACUACUAAAAAAUCAUUCGCAUUAAGCUUAUGUCAACAAAGUAAACAGACCUGCACCAUGUCACUCACUUUCUAAAUCUCAAAGUAAUCGUUAAAUAGUUGAAUAGCUACAUUGGAGCCUGAAUGUUUUGGCAGCCAUGUGAGCUGAGGAUAUGUGAAGCACACAUUCAGUGCUUCUGAAUAGAUGUUUACUUGUUGAAAUUGCUUAUUUUGAAGGAAAAAAAAGUCUUCAAGUCCUCUAACUGCCUCAAACAAUUCCUUGGUCCCAUAAAAUACAAGUAUUAUUUAGCCACGAGGCUAAAAUUAUUAGCUCUACAACACUUUUAGUGCUGCUUAUCUUAAAGUAAAAUAAAUGACACUCGUUAAGUGGUGAAUUGACAUGAACUCUGCCAAUAUAUGUAGAAAGGAUAUAUAGAAAGUUUUUCUCCAAAAUGGAAAAAGACAAAAGUAUAAUCGGAGGCAUUACAGGUUGAAGCCUGCAGUCCAUUACAAAAGAAUAUGAAAUGAAUUUAUACCCUCACACCCCUAGGAUGACAGUUAAAGAUGGAGUGGGGGCAGAAUUUUUUAAGAGUUCCUGCUUCAGCAAUUAAAGUAAUCACAAAAGAGCAUACCUGGACCUAUUAAAAGAUGCCAGUAUCGCCCUGUUCUGACUUGACUGGAUAGUUCUCCUCUGUUCAGGAUUGAGCGAUUAGGGAUUCAACAGUUCAGUUGUUAAUUUUGUGUUUUGAGCAUUUUCAUGUAAAACUGAAGCGUGAAUAAGAGUGCAAUAGAUAAAUGAAUGUAGAUAAAAUGAUAUCCAACAAAGGUGAGUUACAUAAAGAAUUUUGUGAUUCA